AUGGCUUCGUCGGAAGAGCGCGAGCUCGCGCUUGUCGCCAAAGUCGAGCUCCGGAUCGCGCUGGCCGACUCCGAUGCGAAGCUCCAGUCCAUCCUCAACACCUACCUUGGCCCCCUGCUGCUCAAGCUCGCCUCGGAGCACGUGAUUUCGGUGUGCCAGCAUAUCAACACCCGCGUGAGACCGCAAGAAAUCCAGCUGCCCGUGGCUGUCCUGCUCCAGCAGUUCAAGGAGCACGCCGCCUCGCCUCUGAUCCGCCAUUUCGACCUGCUGUACGUCCAGCAGGGCGUCUCGCGCCUGCCGCUGGGCGAACGCCUUGGCCUGCUGCCCCUCCUCAUCAACGGCAUUGCUGCAGACACGGCCAAGUCGGUCCCCCAUGGCUCGCAGCUGUUCAACCUCCUGCUGCGCCUCCUGGCGCUCUUUCGGCUGCCGUCGCGUGGGUCCAAGGACGAUGAGCAGCUGCGCGAGAAGCUCAACGUCGGCAAGGAAGAUGCCAAGUUCUUGUCGUUUUGGUUUGGCAAGCUGAUCUUGUUCACCGCCGUCCGGGCCAGCCCAGACGCCGCUGAUGUCGCGUGCCCGGGCCUGUCUCCCGGCGAGUAUCAGUUCCUGACAUUGCAAGGCAAGCCGGGCGUUUGGAACCCCACGGCAGACGGCGGCAUGAAUCUCGCGGAAGCCAAGAUCACGGCUUCAAGGUUCCUGGUCAGUGGCAUGUUUACAGACGACGAGCGCUUUCUCCCUGCAGUGUACGCGUCGGCGGACGCAAACUCGCGCAUCUCCGAGAUUGGCGACGACAUUCUCAAGCGCACUUUGCCCAACACCGAUCUGGAGGAUCCGUGCGUCAUCGGUAGCUUGUAUGACGUUUACUUUGGCACUGCCGCCGGUCAAGCACCGGCUCGACCAGCGCUGAAAAUAAAGAUACUCUCUUAUUUUGCUAAAUCUAUCGCGGCAACUUCUUUCACGUCCAAAGUCACCCGGCUGGUUGAAGAGGGGCUUACCUACGGUGCCGUGGACGACGGGUCAACGGGUGGUAGUAGCGCUCGGGGACGCGAAGCCACCAAGCUCCGCGCCGCGAUAUUCGCCUUCGUCAACUUCAUGGCACGCUGUGGGUCUGCUGCCGACCUCCAUGCGGUUGGGCCCACUCUAGUGCAGCGGCUCAGAGCUUUCGUUGAAGAUCAGGGAUGGCCAAAGCCCAAUCCCGACGAAGACAUCGCCUUGCGCGGGUACGUCUAUGAGGUUAUUGGCCUCUUGGCCAAGGCGGCUCCAGAAGAGGUACUCCUUGAACCCAGCCUCAAUCUGCUCCGGUGGCUGUUCAGAUCCUUGAGCGAUGAUACGUCUGGACGCGACACCGGUGUCAGCAUCGACGAGGCUCUCUCGAGCGUGCUGGGUGCCCUUGCCACAUCCUCGAAUGUCGACGUCCAAAGGAGUCUCAGAGACCUCCUACUCUAUCAAAUGUCGGCCGAAGAGGAUGCGGACUCCAGCCCUUCGACGUUCCGCCGAAGCACGCGCUACGCUGCCGUGCGAUUUGCAAACAGAUGCCUUCCCUACAAAGACGUCGUUGCGCGCUGGAUUGAUAUCCUUGCCAUCAGCGGCCCUGCGUCAGAAAGCCAGGAGGUCCGCGAAGAAGGAAGCCGAGGCCUUGAUCCACACUGGUCUCGACUUCUUCAUGCAUCCCAGAGCGGCGUCGGUGCGGGAGGAAGCGAAGACUCUCACCUACCCUUCCCCGACUUUGCAGAGCUGUCCAUCUACGUUCUUUCACUGCCCGAGGUUUCGGCGGCCACUAGAAACGCGUGGCGCCCGAAUGACCAGGUCCGUCAUUUCAAACGCUAUUUCCCCCAUGCUUUCGCUCCUACCGUCAGAUUUGUUCAUCAGAUUCUGAUGGAUGAGGCACUCAGGACGCACGGCAUGGCCAUAGCCGUUGACGUCGAUUGGGCAAGAAAGCUUGACACGGCGAUAUCAACAGACGCCGACUCUCGCAAUGCCGUCAAAUCAUAUCUCAAGCGAGCAGCAUCGGAUCAAGGAGCAAUCCUGCAUUCAGUCCUGGCUCUCAUGCGUGCGGCCCUAGAGGGCCUUUUGUGGGAAGGCGACUCCUCCCUUGAUGAUUUGGGCGAGAGGUUCGUCCAGCUUUGCUCGCUUAGCCCGGACGACCUGCUGGACAUGUCUCAGGCUGCACCGGCGUUCAGAGCCAUCGAACCUUGCAUUUUCUCUAACUACGAGCCAACGCGAACAGUAGCUGCACAUGCGUAUGGUCUCCUGGCCACCCACAGCGCCGUCGUAGCUUCCGAAGCCGAUCAAUCCCUGUCCUCUCUUUUGCAAAGGGCCGACCAAUGGGAGAAGGCUGUCGGUAGCCAGGUCAACGAAGCCGCUGGCGCGAUUCUCGCAGUGGCUUACUAUUUCAGCAGACUGACUGCCAGGAAACGCCGUGCAUCUGCCUCAGAGGAGAAGCUGCAGCAUCUCUUGAAGCUGAUUCUGGAUGUGCUCAGGGGCUCCACGGACAAGACGCUGAGAGACGCCACCUCACUGGCCAUCAGUGAGCUGAGCUUGUUUUUCGUUGUUAAAGCCGAGCGCAUGACGGAUAUCGCUAAAAUAAACUUCACUCUGUUCACAGACAAGCUCAUGGAAACGGCAAAGACCGGCAACGAGAAGGCGAUUCUUGCAUUGGGCCAUCUCGCCAUGAUCGUUGAUGACGAGUCAGAUGCGAACCUGAGCUCUGUGGGCGACAAAAUCUUCGAGCUGCAUGAAAUUCGCCAGACUGAGACGCAAUUUGCUGUUGGAGAGGCUGUAGCUUGCCUCGCCGGGAGUUGGAAUGCCACGAUAUUGGCACCCAGGUUGGACAUCGAUGCCCCCAUUCCGUCCGCACCGUCGAGAGGAAAGACUUUGCUCCUCGUGCUGGAGAAGGUUCUCACCAACUGCCGCAACACAAAACCCGCAAUGAAGAAGGCCUCCGUCAUAUGGCUUUUGAGCAUUGUCAAAUUCCUUGGUCACCUACCCGCUGUGAAGUCCAGGUUGGCGGAUUGCCAACUUGCCUUCAAAGGAUGCCUCUCGGAUCGCGACGAGGUGGUGCAAGAAGCAGCAUCCCGUGGAUUGGGCUUGGUCUACGAGAAGGGCGAUCGCCAGCUAAAGGAUGACUUGGUCCGAGAUCUUGUCGGCUCUUUCUCCGAUAGCAAGCCAAACCUUUCCGGCAACGUUUCCGAAGAGACGCAGCUUUUCGAACCUGGGUCACUUCCAACAGGUGACGGCUCAGUGACCACCUACAAGGAUAUCUUGAACUUGGCCUCUGAAGUCGGGGACUCCAGUCUGGUCUAUCGGUUCAUGUCCCUUGCGGCAAACAAUGCCAUCUGGUCGAGCCGGGCCGCUUUUGGUAGAUUUGGACUCAGUAACGUUCUUUCCGAUUCCAGUGUCAACGGUUAUUUGGCAGAGAACCCAAAGCUGUAUCCCAAGUUAUACCGCUACAGAUUCGAUCCGAACCCAAACGUCCAACGCUCGAUGAACGACAUCUGGAAUGCGCUCGUGAAGGAUUCGACCACGACGCUUGACAAGCACUUCGAAGCCAUCAUGGAGGAUUUGCUUCUCAACAUCCUUGGUAAGGAGUGGCGUGUGAGACAGGCUGCAUGCGCUGCGAUAGCCGACCUCGUUCAAGGCAGAAGCAUUGAAAAGUACGAACAAUACCUGGGACGAAUUUGGACGGCGUGUUUCAAAGUACUGGAUGACAUCAAGGAAUCAGUCCGCCAAGCAGCAGGGGGUCUUGCUCGGGUACUCACCGCCAUCCUGACUCGCAGUCUCGAGGCUGGUGACAGCUCCAUGAAGAAUGCGGACACGAUGCUUAGAAAUGUCCUCCCGUUUCUCCUUUCUACCUCGGGGCUGGAAUCCAGUGCGAAGGAGGUCCAGUACUUUGCACUCAAGACCCUCUUGGAGAUCAUCAAGAAGAGUAGUGCGAAAAUCCUCAGGCCGUACAUACCCGAGCUCAUCGAGAGACUUAUCGGCUUGCUAAGCUCGGUCGAACCAGAGGCCGUGAACUACAUCCACCUGAACGCAUCCAAAUACAACCUGACGGAGCAGAAGAUCGAUGACAUGCGCUUAGCAAGUGUCCGCGGAAGCCCGCUCAUGGAGGCAAUUGAACGAUGUCUCGACCUCCUGGACGACGAGUCCAUGAAGGCACUGGAGCCAAGGCUGGAAAGCGCAAUGAAAACGGCCAUCGGUCUCCCUUCCAAAGUCGGCGCUUCUCGGGUCCUCGUGUCCUUGGCUACGCGUCGUGGUUUCCUGUUCAAACCAUACGCGGACCGUUUCCUGAGGCUGAUUGAGAAGCAUAUACACGACCGCAACGAGACUGUGUCGGCUGCCUACGCUGCCGCGGCGGGAUAUGUUACACGCAUUGCCUCUGAGAAACAGAUACUCGAGCUUAUUGCCUUUUGCAAACGCCUGUAUUUUGAGUCAGACGAUGAGCGAAACCGAGUCGAAUCGGGCGACAUUGUCGCCGCCGUCUCCAAGCACGCUUCCGACAAGUUCAAUGCAUUGAGCACAGAGCUCCUUCCUUUCACGUACAUCGCGAAGCACGACAGCUCGGAAGCUGUGCGUGAACUCUUCUCACGAGCGUGGGAUGACAACGUCGGAGGGAGCCUUGCAGUGCAACUCUACGUCAAGGACAUUGUGGCCAUCGCACAAGGGAACCUGGAUAGCCCCCGUUGGACGCUCAAGCACACGGCGGCUAAGGCUGUCGCAGAAGCGACUAACGCGUUGGCUUCUACGGUGGAGGACAUCAGCGUGUCUAACGCGGAAACUAUUUGGCCCGCUUUGGACAAGGCGCUGGGGGGUAAGUCGUGGGAGGGCAAAGAGAUAGUCUUGCAGGCGUUUGCACGGUUCGUCGAAAGAGGAGGGGCAUGGUGGAAAGGCCGGGCAGACAUGGCCGAGCAGAUCAGAAAAGUGAUUGUGCGGGAGGCCAAGCGGCAGAACAAGACGUACCGGCAGCACGCCCUCAAGCCGCUGGGACGGAUUGCUGCUGUAAUGGCAGAGGUGGAUUGGAGCGAGACGGUGUUUGACAUAGUCAGCCCGGUGGUGGGCGAGUUGACGGCCGACGAUGAGGAUGCCAUGGACGUGGAUGCGGGAGAGGCGAUGCGAAGAGACGAGAAGCUGCGAGACAACACGGCGACGGGGGCCAUCUUUGCGCUACAGGCAUCGAUCAACCCAAAGCUGCUGCAGGACACGGCGCUUUCGGGCGCAGCGCUGCGCUUCCUCGAUCAAGCGCGCAAGCUGAACACACUGCCGUCCAACACGAUCCACGUGGCCGUCUUCGAGGCGUUGCAAUCGCUCUUCGACCGCGUAUACACGCAAGAGCCAACGGGCAGCUUCUCAACAGGCAACGAGGCGCAGUUGAAGGAGGCGCUGGACGCCUUGCUGUUCAACGCACGCUACGACGGCUUGAGCGAGGCAAUGCGCGUCAAGCGGGCACAGGCGAUCCACGCCUUGGCCAAGCUGCCGGAGAGGGGGUUUGCAAGGGGGCUGCUUGUGGGAAAGCUGGGGCCGGAGAUCGAGAGUGAGCGGAGCCCGGUGGUGCGGGCGGAGCUGGAGAAGGCGAAGACGGCGAAAAGGACCGAGGAAGAGGUCUGA